AUGGCACGUCCUCUACCAGGUGCCUCACAGCACAUCAACUUCGUCACAGCAGAGCUCUUGCUGCACCGGUGGGCGCGGGAGCAGUUCUGGUUGAGCACUGCUUGGUGCUGUGCGGUGACACCUAUUCCCCCCCUCCUGUCUUCCCUUCCCAGGCAUCUAGUGGAGCACCUGGUAGAGGACGUGCCUGAGGGAAUGCACAUCAACUUCCUGCGAGCGGAAAGGUCGCUGCACCGGUGGGCGCGGGACGACAUUCGGCGGAUAGUUGGAGCAGAGCAGGAGGCGAUGGGGCAUGGCGCUGCUGUGCGGAUGCACGUGCUCGAAGAUGCCGGGCACUGGGUCCACACUGACAACCCGGACGGUCUCUUCCAGAUCCUCGCACCUCCGUUUGGUUUGCAUAUCGAGAAUCAUCUGCUCUCCAUUCCCUCCCUCUUGCUUCUCUUCUGCGCCAUCAACAUGCCUCCUCUUUCUCUUCUGCGCCAUCAACAUGGUGAGCUACAUCCACUGAGGGGCCACCGCCAGCAGCACGAGAGUCAAGUGUACCAUUCUCAUCCUCCCUUCUCCUCCCGUGACCCGUCCAUUCCCCCCCACAUCCCCCCAGCAUCUUACUUCUCUUCUGCGCCAUCAACGUGCCUUCUCCUCCUCUUCUGCGCCAUCAACAUGGUCAACUACAUUGACCGGGGGGCCAUUGCCAGCAACGGAAUCAACGGCUCUCCAUCGCACUGCCAGGGGGACGUCUGUGACUCUGGCAGCGGCAUUCAGGGUGAUUUUGCUCUUUCCAACUUCCAGGACGGCUUGCUGGCCACGGCCUUCCUAGUGGGGCUCCUCACCGCAUCGCCUCUCUUCGCACAUGCCUCCAAGCGCCACAACCCCUUCCGUCUCAUCGCCCUCGGCCUCCUCGUUUGGACGCUCGCAGUGGCCGGCUGUGGGUUAUCUCCGGGUCUACUUUCUCUGCUGCUGUGCCGCAUGCUAGUGGGGGUGGGAGAGGCGUCGUUCAUCAGUCUAGCAGCGCCCUUCAUAGACGACAACGCCCCACCGGGAAAGACAGCCCAAUGGCUCGCCACAUUCUACCUCUGCAUCCCGGUCGGCUUUGCCCUCGGCUACCUCUACGGGGGGGUGGCUGGCCCACUGCUGGGAUGGAGGGGAGCGUUCUUAUUGGAAGCUCUGUUCAUGCUGCCGUUUGUGCUGUACACCGCUACUGCCGCACCCCCGCCCCUGAAAGGCAGGACACACGCCCAUGGUACUGCUACCACUGCUUCUGACGAGGAGAGGGCGGAGGGUGCACCAUCUCUGGCAGCGUCGUCACAUGUUGAGGCGACUCCAAAUUUGAAGCAUGGCGACGGGUCUCUGCUGGACGACUCGCUUUCCCUCGCUCGCAACGACAUCUUCACCAUCAAUGUGCUCGGCUAUGCGGCCUACACCUUCGUGAUUGGCGCGUAUGCCUACUGGGCGCCCAAGGCGAUGAGGGAGAUUUUCCACGAGGAGAGGGCGGAUGCACUGUUUGGAGGCAUCACGGUGGUCACUGGCAUGGGGGGCACCUUAUUUGGGGGGCUUAUGUUGGACCGCAUGGGUGCAACCAUCCCCAACGCGCUGCUGCUGCAAUCCCGGGUGACAGUGGUGGGAGCUAUUUUCUGUCUCCUUGCCUUCGCCUCGCCGUCCAUCCUUCUCUUCGUCCUCUUCAUGGCUGUCGGGGAGUUCUUCAUUUUUGCCAUCCAGGGUCCAGCCAACAUAGUGUCACUGCAGUGCGUGCCAUCCAACCUCAGAGCCCUUGCAAUAGCCGCUGCAACCGUUGUCGCUCACCUCCUAGGGGACGUGCCCUCGCCACCCAUCCUCGGCCUCCUUCAGGACACGGUGGGCAACUGGCGCAUCAGCAUGGGGAUAUUCACUGCCGUGCUGCUGCCUGCCGCUGCCUUAUGGGCUCAUGCCCUUCUAUCUCUCGACCUCUGCAGGUGGAACACUGGUGGUGCCUCCCUCUCACCACAACCAGACCAUUCAACCAAUAAUCUGCUCCCCUGCCCCUUCCUUGACCCCCUUCACUAUCUCUCCUCUGCAUGCUUCAUCUUGCUCCCCUUCCUUCCGAAUCCCCCCCUUCCUUUGCAACCACUGCAGGUGCCACCCUGGUGGUGCCCCCCUCGCACCACAACAAAAACAUUGAACCUAUCCUUCACUCCAACUCCUCCUCACCCUCCUCCUACACUCAUCUCAGCGGCACCACCACUCCCACCACCAGUGGCGUUGGCACUAGUAGCAUCGGGAAUGGUACAGGCAUUGACAGCCCUAUGA